AUGAUAUCAACAAUACGUUCAUGCCUGACUUCUUGUUUUGGCUACAAACAAGAAGAUGAAGACGACGUUGAUAAUGAGAUGUGGACUAACCAAAUCCCAAAAGACAUCCUGCGAUUCAUUCUGCACCGCCUACCUCGCCCAGAGUAUCUCCAGCUACGUGAGGUAUGCCCUACCUGGCGAACCCUAAUCGAUACCACCUCUCCUGCCUCUCAUCAACUUCUUCCAUGGCUUUUACUCGAUUCCGACCAUCUCUUCUUCCUCAAAGACGGUUGCUUUGUCACUGACCACCGCAAAAUCUCGACGCUCGUGCAAAGUGGCCGGCCAAGAUGCGUUGGAUCAGUUCAAGGGUGGUUGAUCAUGCACGAGUAUCUUGAUAAGAAUCGUUACUUCUUCUUGAAUCCCAUUACAGGUGGUGUUACAAUGCUUCCUUCAUCACCAUGCAUGCAGAAGGAGAAAGUUGUAGCCUCGUCGAUACCGACUAGGCCGGAGCACUGUUAUGUGGCUAGUCUUAAUUUACUUUACGGGCGCUUGGCUUUUUGUAGGCUGGAGGAUAAGUCAUGGACACCCAUUGAAGCUUUCGAAUCUGAAUCCGAGAAUGCUCUUGAGUUUCGAGAUGUGGAAAUAGCUGCAGGAAAAUUAUACGCUGCAACUUCGAGUGCAUUGGAGUUUUUGAUGGUGUUUGAUAUAAAAUUGAGUGGGGGAGUUCCUAGCUAUACAGCUGAAAGAUUAGUUGUGUGUUACACUGAUGAUGAUUCUGAGUCACACGAGUUGUUUCUUCUUUUGCGUAUGGCCAAUGUAGCACAGGUGACUGAAGGAUUUCAGGUGUUGAAGUUGGAGGAGUGUAAUAGUAGUGGUGGUGCCCGGUGGGUUGAGAUUGGUGAUCUUGGUAGUAGGGUGUUUUUCGUGACCAUGGUUAACAACAAAUGCAUCUCUUCCGAGAGAGGUGAUGGUGGUUCUGAUGAUCAGACACUUGAAAGAAAUUGCAUCUAUUUUGCCUUUGAUUGGUAUUCUGUUGAAACAAAUGUUGUGGAGGACUUUGGGGUGUUUUCCCUGACAAAGAGGAGCGUGAAGCCCUUGAAUUCUCCUAUAGAUCAUACGAAUCGAGGGUUGAAUCAAAUUGUGUGGUUUACACCAAAUCCUUGGUAG